UUGGUCGAGUAGUUGUCAUAUUUUGCUACGUGUAAACUUAAUAACUUUUCUUCUGUUACUUUAUAUAUCUCUCUAAAAUGUAAAGAGACAGAAGUUUCACACACAAAAAAGUUCGAAAAAAAGACAUCGAGGUUUUAGAGAAGUGAGAAAAAGUGGUAGCCAUGGAUAAGUAUGAGAUGGUGAAGGAUUUGGGAUUUGGUAAUUUUGGAUUGGCUCGGCUUAUGCGUAACAAGAAAACAAACGAGCUUGUGGCUGUCAAAUUCAUAGAUAGAGGAUACAAGAUAGAUGAGAACGUUGCAAGAGAAAUCGUCAAUCAUGGAUCUCUCAAUCAUCCCAACAUUGUUCGGUUUAAAGAGGUUGUCUUAACUCCGACACAUCUGGGAAUUGUAAUGGAGUAUGCAGCUGGAGGAGAACUGUUCGAUCGGAUAUCAAGCGCUGGUCGAUUCAGCGAAGCUGAGGCUAGAUAUUUCUUUCAACAACUCAUUUGCGGCGUGCAUUACUUACAUGCAAUGCAAAUAUGCCAUAGAGAUCUGAAAUUAGAAAACAUUUUGCUUGAUGGAAGUCCAGCACCCCGUCUAAAAAUUUGUGAUUUUGGCUACUCGAAGUCUUCUAUUCUCCAUUCAAACCCUAAAUCAACGGUGGGGACUCCGGCAUAUAUAGCACCGGAAGUUUUUGGUCGUUCGGAAUACGACGGAAAGUCAGUUGAUGUGUGGUCUUGUGGAGUGGCACUCUAUGUUAUGUUGGUAGGAGCUUACCCUUUCGAAGACCCUAAAGAUCCACGCAAUUUCCGAAAAACUGUCCAGAAAAUAAUGGCUGUUAAGUACAAGAUUCCAGGAUAUGUUCACAUAUCUGAAGAUUGCAGGAACUUAUUAUCUCGUAUAUUUGUUGCUAAUCCAUCACAUAGAGUUACGCUCAAAGAGAUUAGGAGUCAUGCGUGGUUCCUAAAGAAUUUGCCAAGAGAACUAAAAGAGUCCGCACAAUCAGUAUAUUACCAAAGGAAUGGUAAUCUGAUUAACCUUUCUCCUCAAAGAGUAGAGGAGAUUAUGAAGAUACUUGGUGAGGCAAGAACCAUUCCAAACCUUCCAAGCCCACUCGAAUCUCUUGGAAAUGGUGAAAAAGGUGAUGUUGAUGAAGAAGAAGAAGAAUAUUUGGAUGCUAAUGAUGAAGAAUGUGAUGAUGUAUAUCCAUAGACAAAAAAAUAUUAUUAAUGUUGUCAAAUUAUGAGAAGUACUUGUAAUUUUAUUUUUGAAAUUCGAUAUUAAGUUGAUAAGUUAAGAGUAAAAUAACAAUUUAAAAUAAUAUAUAUUUUGACUAAUAAAUCGAUUAUGUUAGUACUAUUA